AUGUGUCCAAAGGGUAACCUGGCUGUCGUUCGCUGGUUAUGGAGGGGCCUGAGGAAGCUAUUUCUAUUACUUUCUUUCUUGCUGUCCCAUGCAGCUCAUUUGGAAGGCAAAAAGGAUAAUCAGUUCAUCUGGAAACCAGGCCCCUGGGGAAGGUGUACAGGAGACUGUGGGCCAGGAGGAUUCCAGAGUCGUGCUCUUUGGUGUUUCCAUUUUGAAGGGUGGACGAGUCACCUGUCUAACUGUGAUGAGAACAAUAGGCCUCCGAAGGAAAGAAGCUGCUUCCGAGUCUGUGACUGGCACAGAAACCUCUUCCAGUGGGAGGUUUCUGAUUGGCACCACUGUGUGCUUGUUCCUCCCGCCCUGGGGCAAGCCAGACCUCGGGCUACAGAGUGCGUGACAGCCCAGCAUGGGCUGCAGCACCGGACGGUGCGUUGUGUUCAGAAGCUGAACAGAACCGUGGCUGUGAAUGAGAUAUGUGAACACUUUGCCCCUCAGCCCCCCACGGAACAAGCUUGUCUCAUCCCUUGCCCGCGGGAUUGUGUGGUCUCUGAGUUCUCACAGUGGUCCAGGUGUAGCAAGGGAUGUGGGAAGCAGUUACAGCAUAGAACUCGCUCAGCCAUUGCCCCCCCUCUCUAUGGAGGGUUGCAGUGUCCCAACCUGACUGAGUCAAGAGCCUGUGAUGCUCCCAUUUCCUGUCCUCUUGGGGCAGAGGAAUAUAUGUUUAGCCUUAAAGUUGGACCGUGGAGUAAAUGUCGACUGCCUCUUCUCAAAGAACUUAACCUAAGUGGAAGAACCGUUCUGGAUUUUAGCUCUGAUUCGAAGGAGCUGGUCACCUUUAGACAUCAAAGUUACAAGGCACAUCACCAUUCCAAGUCCUGCGACAUAGAGAUAGGUUACCAAACCCGCCAGGUUUGGUGUACAAGAAGUGACGGAAAAAAUGCUACAUUAAGGCUUUGCACGCAAGAUUCCUUGCCUGUGACCAUCCAGUCCUGCAUCAUGCCGAAAGACUGCGAAACCACCGAGUGGUCCUCCUGGAGCCCCUGCUCCAAGACGUGCCAUUCAGGGAGACUCUCGCCAGGAUUUAGAAGCAGGAGCCGGAAUGUGAAGCACGUUGCUGUUGGAGGCGGAGAGGACUGCCCUGAACUUCUCGAGAAGGAGGCCUGCAUCGUUGAAGGAGAACUUUUGCACUCAUGUCCCAGAUAUUCCUGGAGGACCUCUGAAUGGAAAGAAUGCCAAGUCUCUCUCCUCCUCGAGCAGCAAGACCCCCACUGGCAUAUGACGGGACCCGUUUGUGGAGGUGGGAUCCAGACCCGGGAGGUGUACUGUGCCCAGAGCACACCAGCAUCCACGGCACAGAGGGCCAAGGAAGUCUCUAGACCCGUGGAAAAAACAUUAUGUUUGGGACCUGCCCCUUCAGCUUCUCAGCUCUGCAAUAUCCCUUGCUCUACAGACUGUAUAGUAUCUUCCUGGUCAGCCUGGGGCUUGUGCGUCCAUGAAAACUGCCACGAUCCUCAGGGAAGAAAAGGAUUUAGAAUGAGACAGCGCCACGUCCUCAUGGAGUCCACAGGGCCUGCAGGGCACUGCCCUCACUUGGUGGAAUCUGUCCCUUGUGAGGAUCCGGUGUGUUAUCAGUGGCUGACAUCUGAAGGGAUCUGUAUCCCUGAUCAUGGCAAGUGUGGCCCCGGACAUCGCAUCCUGAAGGCUGUCUGCCAGAAUGAGCAAGGAGAAGAUGUAUCAGGGACUCUCUGCCCAGCAUCUCCUCCUCCUGAAGAGAUGGUGUGUGAAAUUCCCUGCCGGAUGGAUUGUGUGGUAAGCGAGUGGACAGAGUGGUCAUCUUGCUCUCAGUCUUGUUCAAAUAAAAACUCCGAUGGGAAACAGACCAGGUCAAGGACUAUCCUGGCGUUGGCUGGAGAAGGUGGAAAACCAUGCCCCCCUAGUCAGGCUCUCCAAGAAUAUCGUUCGUGCAAUGACCAUUCCUGUAUGCAACUCUACUGGGAGACAUCAGCUUGGGGCCCCUGUUCUGAAGACACAUUGGUAACUGCCCUUAAUGCAACCAUUGGCUGGAAUGGAGAAGCUACAUGUGGUGUGGGCAUUCAGAUGCGGAGGGUCUUCUGUGUCAAGAGUCACGUGGGACAAGUGAUGACAAAAAGAUGUCCGGAAUCUACUCGGCCGGAAACAGUACGCCCUUGCCUGCUCCCGUGCAAAAAAGACUGUCUUGUGACCGCCUUCAGUGAGUGGACGCCCUGCCCGAGGCUGUGCCAACCAGGAAAUGCCACAAUAAAACAGUCUCGAUACAGGAUUAUCAUCCAAGAAGCAGCCAACGGAGGCCAAGAAUGCCCAGAUACCUUAUUUGAAGAGCGAGAGUGUGAAGAUGUGUCAUUGUGCCCCAUAUAUCGGUGGAGGCCACAGAAAUGGAGCCCCUGUAUCUUAGUGCCAGAGUCUGUCAGGCAGGGAAUAAUGGGCACCAGUGAAGCCUGCGGAAAGGGGGUGCAAACAAGAGCUGUCUCGUGCAUCUCUGGUAAUAACCAGUCGGCAGAAAUGACGGAAUGCCUCAAGCAGACAAAUGGCAUGCCUCCCCUUGUUCAAGAAUGUACAGUACCCUGUCAUGAUGACUGCACCUUCACUGCUUGGUCCAAGUUUACGCCCUGCUCCACGAAUUGUGAAACAACUCGAAGUAGACGGCGACAGCUCACAGGGAAAAGCAGGAAGAAGGAGAAAUGCCAGGAUGCUGACCUGUACCCUCUAGUGGAAACAGAACCGUGUCCUUGUGAUGUGUUUACAUCUCAUCCUUACGGAAAUUGGUCAGACUGCAUUCUUCCUGAAGGCAGAAGGGAGCCUCAGAGAGGAUUGCGGGGACAAGAAGACAGCAAAGAAUGUGGAGAAGGCAUGCGUUUUCGAGCAAUAGCCUGCUCUGAUAAAAAUGGAAGACCUGUUGACCCCACCCACUGCAACAGCUCUGGUUAUAUUCAAGAAGAAUGUGUCAUCCCCUGUCCAUUUGAUUGCAAGUUAAGUGAUUGGUCUAGUUGGGGGUCUUGCAGUUCAUCUUGUGUUGGAGUGAGAAUUCGAUCCAAAUGGCUGAAAGAAAAACCGUACAAUGGAGGUCGCCCGUGUCCCAAACUGGAUCUCAAGAAUCAGGUACACGAGGCAGUCCCGUGUUACAGUGAGUGCAAUCGGUAUUCCUGGGUUGUAGAACACUGGUCUCCAUGCAAAAUCCACAAUGAGCUGAGGUCCCUGCGCUGUGGAGGAGGAAUGCAAUCUAGGAAAAUCAGAUGCGUGAAUGCUGCCGAUGGUGAAGGGGGAGCAGUGGACAACAGCCUUUGCAACCAGGAUGAAAUUCCCUCAGAAACCCAGUCUUGCUCUCUUCUGUGUCCCAGUGAAUGUGUCAUGUCUGAGUGGGGACCUUGGAGCAAAUGCCCACAGUCGUGUGAUCCACACACAACGCAGAGAAGAACCCGCCAUCUGCUGAGGCCGUCACUGAGCUCAAGGACGUGCGCUGAAGACUCACAGGUGCGGCCCUGCCUCCUCAACGAAAAUUGCUUCCAGUUCCAGUACAAUCUAACAGAGUGGAGCACAUGCCAGCUGAGUGGAAAUGCGACCUGUGGGCAAGGCGUCAGGACCCGCCUUCUGAGCUGUGUGCGCAGUGAUGGCAAGCCUGUUAGUGUGGACCAGUGCGAGCAGCAUAACUUGGAGAAGCCCCAGAGGAUGAGCCUUCACUGCCUGGUGGAAUGCGUGGUCAACUGUCAGCUCUCGGGGUGGACGGCUUGGACAGAGUGCUCACAGACUUGUGGCCAUGGAGGUCGAAUGAGCCGGACUCGAUUUAUCAUUAUGCCAACCCAAGGAGAAGGACGGCCAUGCCCCACAGAGCUUACCCAGCAUAAAACCUGCCCAGUGACCCCCUGCUACAGCUGGGUCCUCAGCAACUGGUCUGCAUGUAAAUUGGAGGGUGGAGACUGUGGGGAAGGAGUCCAGACCCGCAGCCUCUCCUGUGUGGUCCACAGUGGUUCAAUGGCUCACUGGACUGUACCUGUAGACAAUGCACUGUGUGGAGAGAUGCCCUUUCAAGAUGGCAUCCUGAAGCAGCCAUGUUCUGUGCCUUGCCCAGGAGACUGCCAUUUAACGGAAUGGUCAGAGUGGAGCACGUGUGAACUGACAUGCAUCGAGGGAAGAAGCUUCGAGACUAUGGGUCGCCAGUCUAGGUCAAGGACAUUUAUAAUUCAGUCUUUUGAGAACCAAGACAGUUGCCCCCAGCAGGUUGUAGAAACACGCCCUUGUACAGGAGGUAAAUGUUAUCACUACACAUGGAAAGCAAGUCUUUGGAACAAUAAUGAACGGACUGUAUGGUGCCAACGUUCAGAUGGCAUUAACGUCACAGGAGGCUGUUCCUCUCAGGCACGCCCUGCUGCAAUUCGGCAGUGUAACCCGGCCUGCAGAAAACCUUUCUCCUACUGUACACAGGGUGGAGUGUGCGGCUGUGAGAAGGGCUAUACAGAGAUCAUGAGAUCCAAUGGUUUCCUGGAUUACUGCAUGAAAGUACCUGGCUCAGAGGACAAAAAAGCUGAUGUGAAAAAUCUUGCUGGGAGAAACAGACCUGUGAAUUCAAAAAUACAUGAUAUUUUUAAAGGAUGGUCUCUUCAACCCCUUGAUCCAGAUGGCCGAGUGAAAAUCUGGGUUUAUGGCGUUUCAGGUGGUGGUUUUCUUAUCGUGAUUUUCCUUGUAUUUACUUCCUACUUUGUUUGCAAGAAGCCAAAACCACCUCAAAGCACACCUCCCCAACAGAAGCCUCUGACCUUAGCCUACGACGGAGACUUAGACAUGUAAUCUGAAGAAGAAAUCCAAAUGUAGACAUCAACUGCCUUAACUGCUUUCUCUUUUGUAGCUCUCAGAAUUCUCAGUUUUUUGAGGAAUCUCAUGAUGCGUUAUACGAGGCAGGAUACAAAUAUUGUGAAAGUAAUAUUGACUCAACUUCAUUUGGACACGGAGUCAAGGAUUAUUUUGUCUGCCAUUUUGCUUUCAAGUUGUUUGUGGGUGUGUUUAAUUCUUUGAUUUCCCCAAGGGACCUGAAAACCCUUCUCUUCCUGCUUGGAAAUGGGAAGAAGAAAACAUGAUGGAAUUCCCACAGACUCGAGUAUAAACUUUAUCCUUAGCAGCAUGAUGACAAUCCAGAGGAAAGUCCAACCAAGGCAUUUACUGUAAAUGAUGAGUCGCCUGACACUGCGUUGUUAUGCACUAUGUUAGUGCAAAUCCUUAUUCUUCCCAUACUUCAACACUGAGUUUUCUAGAGCUUACAUCAGUUCAAAGACUUUCAAAUUGGAUUGCUUAUUUUCAUGAACAUAGAGAGAAUGGGUUACCAUUUCAGAAAUUCUCUAGGUUUUUACCUUUACAAAUUGUAUUUUGUUUUGUAGCCAGGGGGAUGAUGGUACUUCAUGGGUUGCAUCUAUUGAAAACAAAUGGAACGUGUGUAAUUGCUGGACUAGAUGAAAGCUAGGUGGUUUUGAAUGAAAUGUGUAUUGAAUGUUAGGGUGUACAAAUGAAGUAAUAGGUGGUUAUAUUGGAGAAAGAGGUAAAUUAAUUAUUUCAUCACUAAAACUGUGUAUUUGAACAAAAACUUAGCCAUGUAGAUAUAGCAUUAACCACACACAGUUGUAAUUCAGUUUAAUGAUGAAAAACGCUGCUUUUGUAAUUUCAAUUUUCUUAUUGACUAUUUAUAAAUUCUUUUUCUGAAUUUAAUUAUCUGACCUCAUUUAAUAUAUAUCGAACGCUGAUUCUGUUUGUAGCAAGUCUUGCUUUUAUAAGGUUUCAAAAUCUAAAACAACACAUGAAAAAGCUGAAACCAUUUUAUGAAG